AGUUGCAGAUAACAAGUGUUCCGUGUCAUGUCAUGUCGACGACUGUAUAAGGUAGUAUCUUGCCGAACCGUGGGUCGCAUGAUGAUAGACACAAGCCAUGGGAAGCAUAUUGAUUAAACGUGUCUGGUCAAGCCAUGUUACCGGGCGAGAAUGUGCACCUUAUUCGUGCCGUUGUGCCGCAUCACACGUGUCUACCUUACUUCACUACCUUAUUUCUUGGACCUGCCUUGCCUUGCCUUGCCUAAGCCAAAGUGCCCUUUCUCAAUAUCCUACGAAACUCCUUUUACGGCAUUGAUACGUUCCUUUCGGUCCUGCCUCGCCUUCUUCACAUGUACCCUCGUCCAUGUCCUGUCGGCGAUCGAUUGUCGAAGAAGGUCCCGGUCAUGGAAGGAGGAGCAAGAGACGGGGCAUUCUGAGCUUAUGCCUGCCUCACCUUUCCAAAAAAUCAGGUACAGGAACGGGCAGGCGAUGCUAACACCGAGUGGGGCCGGACCCCACGAGUCUGAAGAAUGGAGAGGAAGGACCAGGCACGGUCACUCAGCACCGGGAAAGAGCCGUCAUCGUCGUUUCCGCUGCUGGUGUUUCUUUCUUGCCCGACGUAAAUUGUUACUCAUCAAGGUGCUGCAUCUUUCUCUACCUCAUUUAGGUCAAUUCCGUUUCCAUGCUGCAUCUCCUGCCUUAGGUAAGGUACGGUGCCAUAAUGUACCUUAUUCCAAGGGAAGGUAUGGAUACCUGUCAGGCUAUCAGGUCAUCCAAGUUCUCCAGCGGUUUGGACUCUCCCUUUUCGUCUCAGACUGACAGCCGAGAAUUCCGCAUGCCCGGCCGUUGCCCACGUUGUCUCCUUCCAUGAGGUUGUGUCCUCGUCUCCGUACCUCCGUACCGCCCGCCGUACCU